UGGAAAAGCGUCGUUGAUGUUGAAGGGAGGUGUUCAUCGAAUAACAACAACAAGUCGUUGAUUACUCGAGAAGCUGCAGGAGGACAUCAAACCGAAACCGCGUCGAACCUUUUACCGGAAGUAGCGAGACUGAAGAAAUAUGCUGAACAGGUCGUUGCAACACGACUAGCAGGAGCACCGCCCCGCGUGGUGGGCGACAAUUUCGCUGUCUAGCCGCCGUCGGAAGAACGAAUGAAGAAAAGAAGAAGCGGGUUUCUACAUUCAGAUG